UCAAAGAAUCUAAAAAUGUCUGGUCGUGGAAAAGGUCGUGCAAAGGGUGGCAAGUCAAAGACCCGAUCAAGCAGAGCUGGACUUCAGUUUCCCGUUGGUAGACUCCAUCGUCUUCUUCGCAAAGGAAAUUAUGCCGAGAGAAUAGGUGCAGGAGCUCCAGUUUACUUGGCAGCUGUCAUGGAAUAUUUAGCCGCUGAAGUUCUGGAAUUGGCUGGUAAUGCCGCUCGUGACAACAAGAAGUCGAGGAUUAUCCCUCGUCAUUUGCAAUUGGCUAUUAGAAAUGACGAGGAAUUGAACAAGCUUCUCUCUGGUGUCACCAUUGCUCAAGGUGGAGUUCUGCCUAACAUUCAGGUUGUUCUCUUGCCCAAAAAGACUGAAAAGAAGGCUUAAGUUUCAAGCCCACUUACUGCUUUUACAAUCGGCCCUUUUCAGGGCCAAAAAAUGUUUUAACGUUGGAAUGGUAUUUAAUUCUGAUACAUGUAUGUGGUCCAGCCGUGUUACUGCCAUGCUAUUUAAGAAGGCAAGUUCUAAAGAAAAAAUAAACCUAGGAAAAGGUCUGGUUUUUGAAUGAUCUAUAAAUGAUAAUUAUUCACUACUAAUCAUGAUUGUAGCUUCCAUUGAUUACACUUUUCUUAUACGCUUAGUGGGGUCCAAUCUAGAAUUUACUUUUGUCUUGUUAAAAUUUGUUGAGCUGCAACUUUCUAGGUUUCAAAAGUCAACAUUACUUGGGCUUGAUCGCUAAUACGCUCAAACAUGAAAAGCAUUUUACAUAACAGGACGAAGUUAAAAACCUUUCUAAAUGCUAAAAAUCUUUUUUCAUAAAACUUUAUAAUUAUAUAAUCUUUA